AUGCUCUACAAGAUUCCCAUUGCCUCCCUUGUACUCGCAUCGUCGGCAUUUGCGACUGUUCUCAACGUUAACGUCUAUGCAAAUGCAGAAAGCGCCAAUGCCGGUAGCCAGCAGGACCAAAUGGUUCUGGACGACGGGAAGUCUGAUGCCCCAGCUUGGAAGGGACGAGAUGAGCGUCAUCUGGUGCCCUUGCUCCCGGAAGCUCGAACUGGCGUGAUUCCGGCAGAUAUCGAGGAAGGACUGAUCGCUGCUUUGGGCCCGCGCUUCGCAAAUGAGUUCAUCAGAGUUGGCAUUGAAUCCGAAGGAAAUAUGGAUUCACCCACAGCAGGUGGGUGUGGCUUGAAGUGUGCAAAGACGAUUAUCAAGGCUAUGCCCUGUAUCAUAGCUGCUGGUGCAUGCAAGUGUAAAACGCCCAUCUUGAAGUGUCCUGUCAAGCUGAAAGAGCUGUGCAACUGUGUUCCAUGCCUACCAGAAAAACUGCAGAAGAUUAUCGACAAGAUCAAAGUCUGCCAAAGCUCGACCCUUGAUGAACUAUCCGAAUCCGAAAGGGAAAUUGAUGAUAGCCUGGACUACGGAAACUUCGUCUCAUUUGAGACUCGAGACGUGAAUCUGCUGGCGUACAGGGGAGAUCUUGCCAAGACAACUCUUGAAGAGGCGAGGGCCCUCGCCAAGGGUGGAUAUUGCCCUGGUCAAUACUGCGGUGGCUCCGGAUGCUGUCUGGGCCUGUGCCUAUUUGACGACGAGUGUUUUGGCGAGGAGUUGGAACUGCAGAACGAAAAGAGCCGUCACCUCGAGCUUUAG